AAUCUUUGUCAUGAUAUGCAGGGACAACUUGCAAUUCUUAAGGCAGCGCUACUACUAUGCCACAUGGAAGGCUGAUGGGACACGGUACAUGAUGCUGAUCACGAUGGAUGGUUGUUUCUUAAUUGAUAGAUAUUUCAACAUCCGAAGGGUUCAGAUGAGAUUUCCAUGCAGACACACUAACAAAGGUUUAGUUGAGAAGACCCACUACUUCACUUUACUUGAUGGAGAGAUGGUAAUUGAUACUUUACCUGACACACAGAAGAAGCAAAGGAGAUACCUAAUUUAUGAUACGAUGGCCCAUAACCAUGUGUCUGUCAUUGAGCGACCCUUUUACCAACGGUGGAAAAUGAUCGACAAAGAAGUGAUCGGGCCAAGAAAUUAUGAACGUCAGCAUAUAUACCAAAGUAGAAACCCUUACUAUAGAUACGAGUUGGAGCCUUUCAGGGUGAGGAGGAAGGAUUUUUUUCUGCUCUCCGCUGUCACGAAACUUCUCAGAGAAUUUAUUCCAAAGCUUUCACAUGAAGCCGAUGGUCUUAUUUUUCAGGUGGUCGACGAUCGUGAAUUGCUUUAUCUACAUGAAGGAGGGAAGAGGGAACUAAUGGAAGGGAAUAGAGUUGUUUUUCCAGAGGGUCAUGAUCCGUCAGAUUACUCUGGUAAAAUAAUAGAGUGCUCUUUUGAUACCGAUAACCAAGCAUGGGUGUGGAUGAGGACCAGAAUCGAUAAAAGAGUUCCGAAUAAUUACAACACAUACAUAAAGAGGGAUGAUGGCCGUUAUUAGACAAGUUAUGGUUCCUGUACAAAAAUUCAGGUGUUGAGAAGUAUAACCGACAACAUCACUGAAGACGCGUUGUUGAAUGAGAUUCAUGAGAUCAUUCGACUGCCAAUGUAUGCGCAUAGGAUACAGAAUGAUAGCAAAGAUCAUGUACAACACAGAUGAAUGAAUUUGAUUAACUGGACGGCUUUGUCACUAGUGGAAGCCGUGUUCAUGUAUAUCAAUAGAAGGGUUUUACGAGCAUUCUUAGUCCGUAGCUGUGUUAUGUGUAUACUGGUUUGUUGUGUAUAGAUCCAGUUGGUACACUGUAAACUUAGUGGUCCAUUACUCGGGCCUUUAGUUCUUUCUCCGUUAGCGAUAAGGUCAGGUCGUUAUGUAUAUUAGUUUUCCUUUUUUCUGGUUACUGUUAAGUUGUCUAAGGUAGGUCUUCUCCAGUGGUAGAAAAACUUCAAGCUCUAUGUAUGUAUUUCCUGUGAAUAUGAGUCUGUUGUGCUUGUAAUUUGUAAUUCUAGUUUAUCUUUUGCCCUUA